ACUAUUACCUCCCUUCCCUCCUAUAAAUCCUUACUAUUACCUGCUUCCUUCACAAAAUCUUUACUGUUACCCCUUUCCCCCUAUAAAUCCUUACUAUUACCUGCUUCCCCCUAUAAAUCCUUACUAUUACCUGCUUCCUUCACAAAAUCUUUACUAUUACCCCUUUCCCCCUAUAAAUCCUUACUAUUACCCCCUUCCCUUUUUAAAUCCUUACUAAUACCUACUUCCCUCAAAAAUCUUUACUGUUACCCCUUUCCCCCUAUAAAUCCUUACUAUUACCUGCUUCCCUCUAUAAAUCCUUACUAUUACCCCCUUCCCUUUUUAAAUCCUUACUAUUACCUCCCUUUCACCCUAUAA